UCGUUAGGGGUUGUUUUCGCCGAAGAACAGAGCGUCGCUGUUAACCUGACUAACGUUUCGCCGCGAGAUUGUUCUUACGGACCGUGUGUGUCUGUGUUCGCUGCUGAAACGGUCAUUCGCUGCCACACAGUCAGUAAGUCAGCCAGUCAGUCAGUCUGCCUCUCACAGCCGUCAGAAUGUGCCAGCAGCGGAGUUGAAGAUGCCAGUCUGGAUUCCUCCUGAGAGCUCGCCGAGUGCUCCUGACGCCACAGUGAAAAUGCAUGGCAGUUUGAUCUGUGGAGAAAGCCUCAACCAAUAAUGGCCCAUAGGAUAAGCAAUAUAAAGGUAACAGAUGAUCCGUUGUUUCUGGGUGCACUGCAUGUCAUCUCCUGCAGCCUUCACGCACUCUUCUGCAAACACAUCUGAGCCCUGCAAACAGAUUUGAGCAGUAGCGUCCCCAUCAUGAGGCUUCUGUUGAAGUACCUGGAUAAAAUGAGAUGUUUUCGGAAGCGUUCCACCAUCCCUUUUCUGGUGGUUCUUAUCACCUUCCUCCUCUUCAUGAACCUCUACAUGGAGGAUGGUUAUGUACUGGAGGAGGACAAACGGCAGUUGAGGGAGACCUCAAUGCACCCGCUAAAUUCUGAGAGAUAUGUUCACACCUUCAAAGACAUCACUAAUUUCUCUGGAACCAUUAAUGUGACCUAUCGCUACCUAGCUGGAACACCUUUGCCUCGAAAAAAGUAUCUAACUAUUGGAUUGUCAUCAGUGAAAAGAAAACGAGGAAAUUACCUUUUGGAGACCAUAAAAUCCAUUUUUGACCAGUCCAGCUAUGAGGAACUCAAAGAGAUUGUAGUAGUGGUCCACCUGGCAGACUUUGACCUAGCUUGGUGUGAAAGUCUGGUUCAGGAGAUCUCCAGGAAAUUUGGGCAUCAUAUCAUUGCAGGGCGUCUACUGGUCAUCCACGCUCCUGAGGAGUAUUACCCGUCUCUUGAUGGUCUGAAGAGGAACUACAACGACCCUGAGGACCGGGUUCGGUUCCGCUCCAAGCAGAAUGUAGACUACGCUUUCCUCCUGAACUUUUGCACCAACCUCUCCGACUUCUACAUGAUGCUGGAGGAUGACGUACGGUGCUCACGGAACUUCCUCACUGCCUUGAAGAAGGUGGUCACAUCCAGAGAAGGCUCGUAUUGGGUAACAUUGGAGUUCUCCAAGCUGGGCUACAUCGGGAAGCUUUACCACUCUCGAGAUCUUCCCAGGCUUGCACACUUCCUCCUCAUGUUCUACCAGGAGAUGCCUUGCGAUUGGCUCCUGAUUCAUUUCCGAGGCCUUCUGGCUCAGAAGGACGUGAUCCGUUUCAAGCCGUCCCUUUUCCAGCACAUGGGCUACUACUCCUCGUACAAGGGGGCUGAGAAUAAACUGAAGGAUGACGACUUUGAGGAGGACUCGCUUGAUAUCCCAGACAACCCACCUGCCACCCUGUAUACGAACAUAAACGUGUUUGAGAGCUACGACGCUGCCAAAGCUUACAGUAGUGUGGAUGAAUACUUCUGGGGAAAGGCUCCUUCCACUGGAGACUUCUACGUCAUAGUGUUCAACAAGGCCACGAAAAUCAGUAAAAUUAAGAUCACCACUGGAACAGAUGAUCGACAGAAUGAUAUUUUGCAUCAUGGAGCGUUGGAAGUUGGCGAGAAACUGGUAGGAACGAAGAAAGGGAGGCAGUGCUCCUCCUACAUCACACUAGGAGAGUUUAAAAAUGGGAACAUUGAGGUUCAUGAUGUGGAUCAUAAGAUAUCUUUUGAUAUCGAAUGUGUUCGCAUUGUGGUCACAGCAAGCCAGAAGGAAUGGCUGAUCAUCAGAAGUAUCAGCCUGUGGACUACACAGCCUCCAAGUCAGUAAGGACUGCUGUGGAUCGUUACAAUAAUCAUCACAUGAAGGCACAACAAUCAAUUGUCCAGUUUGCUUUGUUUAUUUAUCUAUUUAUUUAGUUUUCUAUUUAUUAGAUUAUUUAUUCAUUUUUUAUAUCCAAGAACUCUUUCGUUUUGCUUCAGACUUUAAGUAUAUAUAGGAAGUACAUACUGAACUUUAAGAUUCAUAUUUUUCUGAUGACUUAGACCGCAACUCUUCAUGAAUGAGAACAUUUUCAAGUU